GAAUGAUAGAGUUAAUUGUUUUGGCAGUUAGUGAUAAACCGAUUACUUAUAUAAUUUUAAUACGAAGUUUUAGGUGUGGUGCCUUGCAUAUCAUCAGUAUUUGCGGCGCGAAUUGAUCCCAAUCGCGACGGAUAUUGUGGACAGGCCACCGGUGCGACGACAAGAAGAUCCUCCUACUUUACAUAGCUCACCGACGCAACAGAGUGUAUGGUGCCUUGCAUAUCAUCAGUAUUUGCGGCGCGAAUUGAUUCCAAUCGCGACGGAUAUUGUGGACAGACCACCGGUGCGACGACAAGAAGAUCCUCCUACUUUACAUAGCUCACCGACGCAACAGAGUGUCAUCAUAGAGGCGAAUGAAGUAUGA